UUGACGGUUUUCAUCAGCUGGGGAAAUACUUUAGAUUUAAAUGCGAAAUUCCCAAUAGUUCUAGGCCCUUCCUUGAAGCCACAUAUUGCAUUCUAACCGUCCCCAAAUGACGAACAUAGCGAGCCUCAACGAUGACUGCCUGCUUCAAAUUAUAGAGUACCUGAGUUUGGAGGAGCAAUUGGAGCUAUGGCAGGCUACAAAGUCCACUUCCCGUCUGUGCUCGGUGGUUUUAUACGCUUGGCAGCGCCAAAGCAAGUACUGUAUCAGCCGGCAAACAUUUGCUGGAAGGCCUCAUCUUCAACAGAAUUUCCUCCAAUGCAUCAACUCCACUGUCGUAGAGCUCACACUCUGUCAUUUGCCCAUAGAACAGCUGGAACGCUGGAAGGACCACUCGUUUCCCAACGUAAGGGAAUUGUACUACCUGGGGGACUUGUACGACGAAGCCGAUAGUGACGCCGACAUUGCCAUUCUGGUAAAUUGCUUUCCUCAACUGGAAUCCAUCGGGAUAAGUGGCCACACUAGUGGACAAUACAUCAGCCAGUGGCAGCACCUCCGCCGUGUGGAUCUUCAACUGUGCUGGUACCUGGACUCACAAUGCUUCAAAGGUAUUUGCCAGAAACUGCGCCUACAAACCUUAUGCGUCCAAUGGCGACGAUUCGAGGCAGAUACUUAUAUUCCGGCCAUCUCGUCUCUACGGGAACUGGAGGAGCUCGACCUAGACAUAGUCAACCUCAGCACCGAGAAUGCCCGCAAGCUCUUGAGUCUGCCCAAGUUAAAAAAACUUCGCCUACAAAUGAUGGAUUUAUUUGAUGACGUCCUAGAGGUUAUUGGCCAACUGCGUGGGCAGGAUUUGGUGGCGAUUACUUGCAGAGACAAUAUUAUAUCUUGGCGUCCCCAAGUAUUGGCGACAUUGGAUAACCUUCGCCGCUUAACACUCAUUGAUGAUGGAGGCCUUUACGACAUCGACUUGAGCGUUAUAAUCAAAAGCUUUCCCCGUUUGGAGCAACUGCACUUUGAACACUCGCUCCUUUGGCCAAAUGCUGACGGCAUCUGGGAAGUAGUAGCUGCUUGUCCACAACUCAAGUUAAUCACUAUAUUCAACCCCGAUCUUCCAAAUGAGUUUUUGUUUUUAGUGCUUCUACUAUGCAGCGGGUUCUAAAUCAGCGCAUCGAGCCCUUGUGUAUACGGUUCCAUGGAACUGGCAAUGAAGAACUGAUAAGAAAAGAAUUUGUACAUAACAAACUUAAAGUAUUAUAUAUGGCCACAAAUUGCGCUGUUUCCCAGAUACCUGAAGAAUGUAUGGAGUUGGAAUUUCUAGUCCAGGAAAAAUCUUUGUGAUACAAGUGCAUGUUUAGCUUUUCCUUCCGGAGAGAGAUACAUUUGAUCACUGUCAAAUGCAUAGGCUGAUAUUUAUCUAUUUGCUGCCUUUUUACAAAGA